AUGUGGUUGAAGGCAGCGUUUGUUGCGGUGAAGCUGGAUAGGGAGCUCAAGCCUCGAGAAAUCGAGAACCAAGAUCCGAACCAGCCUGAGCACCAACAGCAGAACAAGCUCACUACAGUUUCAAAACCCUCACAGUCUGAUCGACCCAUAGACAUGUUCACCUCAGAAUGA